AUGAUUACAAAAAACUAUCGGAAUGAAUUGGUAAAUUUAAAAAGAUCAAGAAGUGGUGGAAUUUAUUUUCCAUUUAAAUAUAGAAAUGAAAUUUCAAAAUUAGAAUUUAAUAAUUUUACUCAGUCAAGAAUUUUAGUGCUUGGAGAUGAAAGUGUUGGAAAAUCAUCUCUAAUAGAUAAGGUAUUGGAUAAUUCAACUGGUUUUGAAAAAGGAGUUUUAAAUUAUUGUGGAAAUACAUUAACAUUUAUUAAUUUAAUAGAUGUUUCAAUUAGAAAACAUCAAUACCCAGUUGACUGUUGUUUGAUUUGCUAUUCGAUUGCAUCUUGGAAAUCAUUUGAAAAUGUAAAGAAACGAUAUAUUCCAGAAGUUUCGUAUUUUUCACCAAAUAUUCCAAUAAUUCUCGUUGGAACGAAGGCAGAUUUGGGAGAUAAUGAGAGGAGGUCAUAUUAUGGUGAUUUAAUGAGGAAAGUUUCAUUUGAUGAUGGUGAAACUCUAGCAAGACAAAUCAAUGCAAUUUCAUUUAUUGAGAUUUCAAGUAAAACUGGAGAGGGAUUUGAGGAUUUAGUCGACUUUCUAAUAAGAGUUCAAUUACUUUCAAAGGAAAUAAUUUUGAAGGAAAAGCAAUCAAAAUGGAAUUGUAUAAUAUUGUAG